CAAGAGAAAUAAACUUAAACUUAAAAAACUCUUCCUUUAUAAAAGAGAAUAUAGUUUAUAUGCGCAAAGCUUACUUCUAAAAUCUAAACUUUUAAAGUGAUGCUAAAGUUACGUUGCAUAUGAUUUUAAUUUUUAUCAACAAAUUGUUACAUGAGCUAUUGUACACCAAUAACUAGGCGAAAGGAUGUCUUCGUCAAAUUAUUUAUCAAUAACAGAUAUUUUAGUUACAAGUGAAAAAGUACCGUGCAAAUUUCUUCAUGAUUUACCGAAAAUGGGGUUCCUAGAUCCAUCUGCUGCAGAGGAAGACUUAAAAAGUGGUACAAGCCUGGAGGUUCCAUUGUGGCUUGCUGAGUCACUUUGUUCAAGAAGACCUCCAUUAUUGAGUAUAGAUUUACCAAAAAUAUACAAAGAGACGUACAGAGAGAUACUCAAUGCUGAUGCUUGUACAGUUGAUAUGCACAAGAUGAACCAGCAUUUUUAUGAACUGGGUUGUUAUAUAGCCAAAUAUGACAUAAAAGGAGAAGUGGCCAAUACUUUAAUUGAUACCUUCAGGCAGAGAUUUAGAAUGAUAAUGUCAGCGAGUGUGUCCACCGACACAGUGAACGCUCUACAACCUUUAUCUAAGAGUGAAAGAGAGAGAACCGAUGCUGCUAUGGUAACUGAAAAGGCCUUGUGUGAUUGGCUCAAAAAAGGCAGUUGUCCCUUGAAAAUAGCCAGCAUGGUGGCCAAUCAUAGAAAAAGAAAGAGGGCAGAAAUGGAAAUGCUAUAAAUAAGAUUACUUAGGCUGCUUUGACACCAAACUGACUGUCAGGUGCUUACUGUGAACAAGCAUGACAAUAUGCUUUACAAUAUUUUUAUAAUCUAUUAUCACACCUUCUGUUAUUUUAUGUGAAUUGUGAUUAAGCUAUUGGGCCUGCUCAAUAUCCAUAAGUAGUUGAGAAUAAGUAGUUUGGUGAUAACAUAACAAUUUUUAACUUCCAAAUUUAAUUUUUCAAAUGUAUUAGUAAAUAAUAAAUAUAAGCUAAGGAAAGACAAAAAUCAUGAGGUAACAUAAAUAUUUGCUAAAAUAAUAACAUUAUAUUAUA